GCGCCUGAUGAAUCCAUAUUUGAAGAACCAAAUGAAGUCAAUGAAGCUUUAAUGGAGAUGCAGCGCCAGCUAGUGGAUAAAAUAUACACUAGCCAGGCAGACGUGAAGAAAGCUGAGAAAGAGAAAUCAAAGGCUGAGACAGAAGUAAGAAAAUUGAGAGAACAACUCUCAAAAUUGAACCAAGCUAACAACACACAACCUCAACAGAACUGGAGCAAUGACAAUGAUGACACAAUAGCUCAACUACAAGAUGAAAUAUUUCAGCUAAAAGAUGCCUUGAAACAGUCCAAGCAAAAACAGACAUCUAACCAAUCCACUGGUCUACCUAACCACUUUCUUGAGCCUACACCUUGUAGUGACCAUACCAGAAUAGGGGGCUCACAAAGGGGACCUUUGAGUGGCAUAGCAGGCUCACAGUGGGG